AGAUAUUAACUCUUUCUCGCUCUACAUGAGCUGAUAGACUUUACGACGUUAAGUAUUUUUAUUUUGUAGAAGGGCAGGGCAUGGAUGAUAAUACGCCCCAAGCUGCGUGUUUGUGUAUAAAUACGCCCGGCCAAGGGCAAAGUCUUCCUGGGUUAAGAGCCGGUGAGUGCGUCGCAUCGUUGUGCUUGAAACAUUGGAUCAACUCUUUGCGCAGUGCAGUGGUCACUGUUUGAGCCAUGGCGACCACAGCUCCUGACUCCCGUGGCGAUUGCCUACAAAUUUUCAGAGGGACCUUCAUUCACUCUACAGACACGUCCCCUUUGGAGAUCUUGGAGUCGCGUAUUGUGGCAGUAAACAAGUUGGGGAAGAUCGUUUUUAUUGAACCUGCCGAUAAAGAAGAAGAAUUGUCGCAAAAGUGGCAUUUCAAGAGAGAGAAGAUCAGAGAGCUUUGCCCAAGAGAGGAAUUCUUUAUGCCAGGACUGAUUGACACCCACAUCCAUGCCGCCCAAUAUCCCAACAUGGGAUGUUGCCUGGAUCUGCCUCUUCUUCAAUGGUUAAUCAAAUAUACGUUCCCCGUUGAAGCCAAGUUCAAAGACCUGAAGUUUGCAGAGGACGUCUACACCAAAAUAGUGAAAAAAACGCUGAGAAAUGGUACAACCACUGCCUGCUAUUUUGCCACCAUCCACACGGAAUCAUCUUUAAAGCUUUGUGACAUCAUUGAUAAAUUUGGCCAGCGAGCUUUUGUCGGUAAAGUUUGCAUGGACAUUAAUGACGUUUGUCAUGAGUACAGAGAAACACCAUCUGAGUCAGUGAAGGAGACGGAAAGAUUUGUUGCUGAACUGGUCAAACGGAAGUAUCCUCUGGUGAAACCCAUCGUGACUCCCCGAUUUGCGAUCUCCUGCACCUCUGGGUUACUGAAACAACUGGGGUCAUUUGCAAAUGCCAAUAACUUGCAUAUUCAGAGUCACAUCAGCGAGUCUCGGGCUGAGAUAGCAGCUGUGAAGAAAAUGUUUCCAAAAUGUAAGAAUUAUUCUGAUGUGUAUGAUGUCCACGGUCUUCUGAAUGAUAAGACGAUCAUGGCUCACGGAGUCUACCUCUCUGACGAGGAGCUUGAACUCUUCCAGAGGAAAGGAGCAGGUAUUUCGCACUGUCCAAAUUCCAACACAUCAUUGUGCAGUGGUUUAAUGGAUGUACGAAAUGCUCUGAAUCACAAAAUAAACGUGGGGCUGGGAACUGAUGUUUCAGGUGGUUACUCGCCUUCGAUACUCGAUGCUGUACGUAGAGCGACUGAUGUGUCAAAUAUUCUGAGCUUAAACACUGCAGAUUAUCAGAAGCUUUCGCAUGAAGAAGUGUUUCGACUUGCAACCCUUGGUGGCAGUAAAGCUUUGGGCCUUGAAAAAGUGACAGGAAAUUUUGAGGUGGGAAAGGAUUUUGAUGCUGUUCUGGUCAACACUGGUGUCCCAGGUGCUCCCUUUGAUGUAUUCCAUGAGGAUACUCUGCAGGCCAUCUUUCAGAAGUUCCUGUUCUUAGGAGAUGACAGAAACAUGACAGAGAUCUACGUGGCUGGCAAGCAAGUGCUUCCUUGUCCUACAGCUUAGGCUAAUGAUCCCACCUCGCCUCUUUAAUAUGGAUUGAAGGAUAUUAAAUACUUUCAAUCACGUUUUCAA